GAGGCAUACAGUGGAGUUCUGGCAGAAAUAUCUGUUGGAGUGGAAAGAGCUGUGAUUCACACUUCCCAAAACGGAAUCAGUUGAGAGUAAUUCUUGUAAGGUCUAAAAAAUGGUAAACCAGCUGAGUAUGCUUCUGACCAAGGAGCUUCCAAACUUGUUAGUUGCCGCCACGACAAGAAGCAUUGUGCGAAGAACUGCUCUUUCCUCAUCAACUCUAAGAGCUCUCUCAUUGUUACCUCAAAACAUAAAUACAGUUAGCACGAGGUACCAAUCAUGGACAACAAACAAGUCAUCAGGACUAGGAACAAGUGUUCCUUUGCAACAUUCUCAGGUCUACAGCUUUUCAUCAGUUUCUGUGUUCCCAAUGAAGGAGGAAAAUACAGCUCAUAAAACCGUCCAGGAACUCCUUGACAUCUUUGAAACAUCAAAAGAUUCAUUAGAAACAGAAGAUUGUAUUGAAUUGUUGCGCAAGUUGGCAAGAGCUGUGUGGCAUGAUGAGAAGCAGAGGCUGGAACUGCAAAAGAUCAGGGCAGCAUCUGCAGAAGGUUGCAGCAUGUUUCGACAAUUGUUGAACCAUAUUGCUGAUAGUACUGGAGACUCGAAUGUAGACGAUAAACAGGUUUCCACCAUUCUGUGGUCUCUUGAAAAAAUAGGGGAGACCAAUCAUCGCCUGUACAGGAGGUUUGAUAGAGGAAAGAUUAUUCUUAUAAAAGAGCGCUGACCCUGGUGAUUUAUUCAUACAACAUAACUGUUUCUAAGUGUGUUUUCCCAUCCUCUUGGUUAACAUCUCUUAAAGAUUUGUGUAAGUUGCAGAAUGCAGAAGAAAAAAGAGGAAAGCUCAUUCAAAUAAAUAAACUUCAACAUGUGA